ACAAUCUUCCGGGUAGUAUUGAUAUGAUACUUUCGAUAUGAUUCGUUACAUUUUAUGUUUUUAUACAAUUUAAGGUAUCCUUUUAUCCAGUCAUCCCUGUAAAAGGGUUGAGGUGCGAGCUAAAAAACCGACGUUUUUGGGAGGUCCAUAUUCUUCCUCUCGUGUGUUGAUCUGAGAACAUGGAGAAACUGACCGUGUGUUGGCUGCUGUUGGCGGCGCUGAACUCCGCUCUCGCCCAGAACACCCCGAAAUACUUCACGGAUGGCGGGGAGCUAACGUUGGAUCUGAGGCCUCCUCCUCCUGAACCUCUCGGAGACGUCCUGUGGAAGAUUAACGGUAACCUGGUAGCUGAGUGGGUCAAAGAUAUAGUUCCUGUGACUUAUUACAGAACCUUUAAAGGCCGCACAACCCUGGAUGUAACCACUGGACGUUUGGUAAUCAAAGACAUGACUAAAGCUGACAUGGGUGUGUAUUCAGUGGAAGUCAACCGCAAGAUCCAGAAUGAGCACUAUAACGCUGUAUUGAUCCAAGAAGUCCCCCAGCCUGAGGUAGAGCUGAGACCGUUGACAUGUUCCCCCGCUUUGGACAGUUGUACGCUGAGCUGUGAAGCGGCCAUCACAGAGCCAGCUGGACCCGUCACCUACAGCUGGAAGGAGGGAGACGGAGAGUGGAAGGGGUCGGGAAAGGACUUGAACAUCACCAAGAGUGGGACAUUAGAUGUGGAGACCUUCACCUGCCGGAUACAGAACCCAGUCAGUGAGAGAGACAGUAAACCUGAAAACAAUCCGCUCUUAGAGAAGAAAUGUCCAGACUCUGAUCUCUGGUUUAAGAUUUUCGGGGCUGUGACGAGAUCCUUGGAAAUCGUGGCCAUCUUGGGGGUCGUUGCCUACUUAGUGUGGCGAAAACGGGAGACUGUCGGGAGACUGAUGUGUUCAUGUCGAUGCAAAAAAGAGGAUGAGGAUGCAGUUUAAAGUGGACGAUCAGCUUCUUUCAAGAUGAAAGCAUGCG